GCCGUCAAAACGGAAGUUGUCUCGUCACUCUCUCUAACUUGACGCAGCUUGGCUGGGUCACGCUGCAAUCCAGCCGGAUGUUUUGCGUCGCCAGUAUGUGAUGGGAACAUUCGCUCGUCUUUUUUGUUUUUUUCUUUUCUGGGUCUGGUCACAAAACUGAACGUGCGGCUCCGGCGGCGGCGCUGGCCAGGUGAAUACCUGCGUACCGCGUUAACCGAGCGGACUUGUUCGCCGGAGGAGCUGCAGGUACCAAUGAGUCGAGCUUUGUGAGAGGGCAGCAGUCAGCCCGGUGUGCUGGAUGUCUGUGACAGACCCAUGGGUCAGAAGGACCAUGUGGAGGCAGGAGCAGGCCACAUCCUCGACCUGGGGCUGGAUUUGGAGUACCUCCACGUAGCAGGGGCUGACCGGCAGGCUGGCGGUGCUGACGGGCCCCCUGCUAUGGAGGAGCAGGGGGAGAGCUCCGGUAACAGCAGCACCGCCGAUUCCCCUCCGCCGGCUGCGGUGGAGGACAAUGCCGGACCCAACGCCGAGUGCGAGCCGGCGUCGACUUCCUGGCCCCGCCCUGCCGCUGGUGCCGACACAGAUGGAGGAGAGGGAGGGUCGACUCACAGCAAGAACACCCACCAGCCGCUUUGUCGGACCCAAUGUGUGGACUUAGGCACUGAGGGGCCUCCUGAGCCUCCGUCUGAACCCUCAUCAGAGCUUGAACAUGACACUCCCACCCGGUCCCCACCCAGCUCCCCAUGCAAGCAUCCACCCGAACCUCUGUCCUAUCCCUCCAAAUCAGAGCCGGCGUCAGAGGCUGGUGGGAAGGAGUACCAGGCUAAGCUGGAGUUUGCCCUGAAGCUGGGCUACUCUGAGGAGACAGUGCGACUGGUGUUGUCCAAGCUGGGCCCCGACACCCUCAUCAACGACAUACUGGGAGAGCUGGUCAAACUGGGCACCAAGUCAGACAGCGAGCAGCCGGCUGGAUCAUUAGCCUCUACCUCAUCGUCGUCAUCCUCCUCUUCGUCUUGUGGUUGCUCAGAUUUGCUGGAUGGCCAGAGGUCAGACUCGCCCUGUCCUUCAGACUCUCUGGGUGACCAGGACAACCUGCGGCCGAUCGUGGUCGACGGCAGUAAUGUCGCCAUGAGUCAUGGCAACAAGGAAGUGUUUUCGUGCCAGGGCAUCCAGCUGGCUGUAGACUGGUUCCUAGAGCGCGGCCAUCAUGACAUCACAGUGUUUGUGCCUGCAUGGAGGAAAGAACAGUCCCGCCCUGAUGCCCCUAUAACAGACCAGGAGAUCUUGCGUCGGCUAGAGAAGGAAAAGAUCCUGGUCUUCACUCCCUCGCGCCGCGUCCAAGGUCGGCGUGUGGUCUGCUAUGACGACCGCUUCAUUGUCAAGCUGGCCUAUGAGUCAGACGGCAUCAUAGUCUCCAAUGACAACUACAGAGACCUGGCUAAUGAGAAGCCUGAGUGGAAAAAGUUCAUUGACGAGCGGCUGCUCAUGUACUCCUUUGUUAAUGACAAAUUCAUGCCCCCAGAUGACCCUCUUGGUCGUCAUGGCCCCAGCUUAGACAACUUUCUGAGGAAAAGACCUGUCAUGCCUGAGCAGAAGAAACAGCCUUGCCCAUACGGAAAGAAGUGCACUUACGGCCACAAGUGUAAGUACUACCACCCGGAAAGAGGUGCUCAGCCUCAGCGUGCUGUGGCUGAUGAGCUGCGAGCCAGUGCCAAGACCUGUGUCACCACAAAGAACCAGGGAGACACUGGGCUGGUGAAGAGCCACAGCGUGCCAGCUGGCAGCAUUGAAGCAAAAAAAGGCGCCCCGAAAAGGCAGUCAGACCCCAGCAUCCGAGCGCUGUCUUACAGCGAUGCUGAGGAGAAGCUGCUGUCAAAGUCGAGGGCGGAAAGCCAGAAGAGCAGUUUGAUUGGUGGUAGCAGCAGCAGUAGCAGUUCUAGCAGCAGUAGUAGUUGCAGUGGGAGUGUCACCAUGUCCCCAGCCCCAGGAGGCCCUCCACCCAACCUUAGCCUCCCCCAGGACCAACAGUCCAGAGCAGCCACUCCUCACAAUCUCAUGUCAGCCCCCAGCCAUGACCUUUACCCUCACUGUGAGUCUCCAGACCUGAGCUACUACUCAGUAACGCGUGCCUACUCUGGCCUGAGCCUGUCGUCCAGACGGAGCCCAGACUGUCGCUUCCCCAAUGACACAGACCUGCGGUUAGGCUCGAUGGGCUCAGCGGGCUCCGAGUGCGGCAGCGAAAGCAGUGCGAGUUGUGGUAGCAGCUGCGACUCGUACGGUGAGAGGCCGUGUCCUGGAUGCCCCCCAGACACCUUACUGGAGGACAGUGUCCAUUUCACUAAUCCCCACAGCCGGCUGUAUCCCCAUCACGCCGCCUCAAACCAUGAACUUUGUAGCCUUCAUCCUGCUGAGUACACAAAUAUCCAACACAGCCACUCAUCUAAUUCCAGCGUUCACAGUUACCACCUGACUGUGGCACGCGGGCAGAGCUGUGCUCAUGAUCAGCCUCCACCAGAGGCUCCCCCGAAGCGCCCUCUCUACCCCUUACCCCCUCAUCUCCAGCACCAGCCGCUGGCUGCUCGCUCCAGCUGCCCAGGCGACUACCACUCUCUGCCCCAGUCCAACCCUCACCCCCCAGGCUCUCCUCUUGGCCGCUGCCUGGCCCCCACACGCGCAGAGAGUGUGUCGGACUCGCAUCUGUAUGAACACCUCUCUACGUCGCACCAUCACCACCGACCAAAAGCUCUGCCCAGCUGGGACUCGUACUACAGACAGCCGCCAUUGCCGCCAUCCAGGUAUGAGCCGUCUGCCUAUCAGAGUCUGCCAGACACACGCCAGUCAUCCUGGCACACCCCUCCCUGGGCACAGGACGGCUACGCCCAGCGCCACUCCUCUCAUCCUGCUCUCCACCCGUCCCCGACACAUUACCUAAACCACCCGCCACCUCCGGCCCACUCUCCUCACCCACCUCACCCAUCCAGCACUCCUCUCCCGCCUUACCCGCCUCACAGCGCUCACCUGACCGUUCCCUCCCACGCACCUCCCUCCUACAUGCAGCAGCACUCAGAUUCUCCUGUGCACAGUCGCUACGGGGACGUACGGGAGAAAGUGUACGUCAAUCUGUGUAACAUCUUUCCCUCGGAGCUGGUGAGUCGGGUGAUGGCCAGGAGUCCCCACAUCACAGACCCCCAGCAGCUGGCAGCUGCCAUCUUGGCAGAGAAGGCCCAAACAGGCUACUGAAUAAUGAAGGACAAUACAGUCCCGUUAGAAAACAAUACCAGGUCUGCAUUCUGAGUAGAAACAGGAGAACACAAACUAUGUGAUUAGCAUCAGCGGACAAACAGAAAUUUGCUUUUGCAACACUUGAAAGCAUGUUGGGUUUGCAUGGAGGAAUACUGGAAUGCGUCUGGAUCGUCUCCAAGGAGAGCAUUUUCUUUUCUUAAGGCAUUAAUGAGACAUAAUGCAGAAUUUUCAAGGAUAUAAAAUGCUGAAGAUAAUCCAAAUCCAGCUCUAGUCACUGCACAGCGACUACUAAAUCAACUCAACUUUAAGAAGCGUGGAGAGAGGGAGUCGAAAUCUAGGACUAUGACACAAAGUGCGACUUGAUUGUUCUACACCUGCUCUAUUUUUGUUUUUAUUUAUUCAGUAGUUUAUUAUGUGUGUCUUUCACAUGCAGGACUUGUUAUGCAUUAAAAUAUAAAGGCACUUUUUUAUUUUACAGUCAAAUCAUCACCUCAUUUCCACCACCUUUAUGACCAGAUUCUGAUUUUUAGGGAAUAUGCACACACAUUAUGUGCACUACACACUGUACUUACUCUCAGGCCUGAGUCAAACAGUGUUUGAAAAUAUUUUUUUCUUGCACGUGUGUAGAACCAGAUGGAUGUGAUUUUCUGCUUCAAAGUGUCAGUCACAUAAGUAUUCAAACUUAAAUUUCAGAUAUUUUCCUAUGAGGUGGCAAAUCCACAUCUGGUUCUCUCACGUGACUGUUUCAAACUACUAUUUGACCAGGGUCUGUGUAUUAUAUUGAUCUCUUUGUGUGUGUUGUGCGGCCGUUGUGUGGGUUUUUUUUUUUCCAUGUUGUUAAAAAUAGGUGUCUGAAAGAUAGUCGUCUUAUUUGAGAGGACGUCAGUAUUUUGGUCAGAGUUGUAGCUGUAGAGAUGGGUGACCCUGUCGUGUGUACCUUAGUUUUAGUAAGGGACAUCUCUCUCUCUAUCUUUCUCUAACUCUAUCUCUCUCUCUUUCUCUCUGGCCCUUUAUUUUGGGUCAACUCUGGUUUCUGCUACAGACAGAGAACCUCUCGACAUCAGUAAACGAAACAUGUAUGUAUUGUAAAUAUAUUUAACAGAUUGCCCUGCUGUGCUUUUGGCUAACAGCGUCUACUGCUGUCUGUAGCAGAUCCCAGCUGAAUCCAUGCUAGACGGAGAAAAACCUUGUUUGAUACAAAUUGUAUCAUUAACUAAGUCGCUGAUGUUAUAUACAGUACAUGGACUUGUUGAUCCGUAUUUAUCAAACACUCUUGAUGUAUUGCUAUAUGAUGAAGUGCAUUGACAACAGUUCUGUUCCAACUGAGAUGUUCCAACUUUUAAUCUUGUGGAAAUAGCUUUGAGACAAUUACUUCAAAUAUGUUAUGAAACUAAAGGAGUUGUCUGCCUACUAUGUUUAGGUAUUCCAACUUCUUUAUCUGCGCUUUUGGGUUUGAAGCUGGCUUAUUUUUUACAGGAGCUCCAAUGAAAUCACAUGGGAGAAAUAUGUUUUGGUUUACUGGUUGACAGAUAUAACUACCCAUUCGAGAACAAAAGUGAAUUUGUCUGUUUUUUCUCAGUGGUUGAGGUUGGGGUCAGUUCAUUUUAAAGCUUCUUUUCGCCUCUUUAUUAAGUCAGGAAGUGGCUAUUGUAACAUUAUUAAACUUUAUGCUUGAAAUAAUAGAAAAAUGAUUUAUUAUUAUUAACCAGUCUAUUAUUUUGUAUAAAUUAUAAAUUGAGUGGACAGACCCCAACCAUGUGUAAUAAGUUAAAUUUUAUAUUUGGGUCAAUCCCAUUUCCCAUGGCGGCCAUUUUGAAUGUCUGUACCACUAGCAAAGCUCAACCUGGAUUUUUUGCAAAUUAAUACAGUAUUUACAAAUACAUAUAGCUAUUCUUGCCUGAGGUCUUUAAAUAGAAACGUAAACUAUUGAGUCAGCACACAAAUGUUGUGAAUAACAACAACAACUGCUUAAAUGUAGCAGGAAGUUCAGCUAACUAACCUGCUGGCUGCUUUCCAGACAAAGUCAAAGAUGUUUAAAAAAAUUAGGAUAUUUGAUAUUUGAAGUUUCUGUGGCCACAGUGCUUUACCUACAGGAUGAUAGAUUGAAAAAAUGUAAAGAGAGAAACUUCAAAUCCAACACACACAGGUUAAAUUACAAUGACUGAGGCUAUUUGAGCACUUACUAAGCUAAUAAUAACAUUUCCUUGUAUUAUUUACUCCUUACUGCAUAUAGCAUCUUGGUGAUGGACGUAUUUUGCCCUUGUGUUAGUAGGACAUUAAAUAUUCUGAAUGUAGCAAUAGCCUGUCGAUGGCUAGAUAGACCUAGAUAUAUGGCCAGAUUAAGAUGUUAAAUCUACUGUAUAUCAGUCUGAAUUCUUGUGAUUAUGCAUGGUUAUACUUGACCAGGUAGAGCACACCAACAGUGUAAAGCAAGUUCAAAAUGGCCGCCAAGGAAUUUAAGUUUAAUUUAUGUUUUUAAGUGAGCUCAUCAUACAGUUCAUCACAAGCCAGCUACAUAUAGCCCACUGGUUUCUUUCCUGUCCAACGUGUCACAUUGUACAAAUAAUGAAUAACUGUACAAUAGCACGUGCUGUUGAUGAGAGAGAACCUUUGUGUGUAUUGAAGAAGCGCCUUCUCUCUGGCCUCCUGGCACUGUGUGUCAGCGUGGCACCCGAGCGUGGGCCCAAAGUAAUGCCUCUUCAUGGCAUUGUGCUUAUGACACAUCCAAUACUCUGAACUAUGUUCAGCUAACUGUUAUGCAUGUUUUGAUUUGUUUUGGUUUCUGCAUGUAUCCCUGUGUUUAAUUUGUGUACAAAGCUGCUGUGUUUCUGUCCUGGAUGUUACUGUGACAUGAUGCUAGCUGUUGAGAUGCUUCUAGGUUUAUUUGUACACAAAACUGGCUUGUUUUUCUGCUUGUUAAUGUUUAAUUUCAUGUAUCAGUUAGUAUUAACUUCAGUAAAGUACCCUUCUUUAACAUACAAUUUAAGUCAAGUGGGAAUGCUAUCUUGUUUUCUGUAAGGCUUGAUAUUUACUCCAAAGGAUCAGAAAGCAUGUUUUUGAAUGCAUCCCACUUUUCUCAAAAAUGGUUUGCUUUGAAAGUGCACUCGGCCGCAGAUAGUGUUAAUGGAAACCAUUAUGAUGAAUUGACUUCUGUGCUGUAGAUAUUACAACGUGAUACAGGCCACUACACUCUAGUAGAAUGAAAGUCCUCUGUUUCAAAUUCUAUUUACAUUUUUCCAGUAGAAUAACAGUGUAACUAACGGAUUAUUGUACAGUCUCAACUGUACCUGUGAUUGUUCAUUAAAGAGAGUACUGCUCUAAAA